GCCCAGGGCUCCGCGCAGGCGGCCCCAGAGCAGCACCGUGCACCUCGGUCGGCGGGAGGCGGUAGCACCCCCUCUUAGAGUGCAGCUUGGUCCCGCCAGGGCUCCCUCGGAGUCGGUCUGUCUGUCGGGCCCACCCUCAGCUUCGCUCCCUCCUCUCCGCUUUUGUGUUGCUCCCGGGGUGCCGGGCACAGCCUCGGCUUCCUCUCUCCUGGCAGCUCGAGUCAGUUCUCGCGGCGGUGGCGGCUCGGGGAGUAUCUCGGCUACCACCGCGCUUCUCCGGCUGGAGCGGGCGUCCAGCUAGGCUGUUCUUCGGCCCCUCCCUGCCGUGCCUCGGGGCGCCCUGUGGCCCCCCUCCCCCGUCCACUCGCUGCUCUCCAAGUGGGCGGGGCGCCUAGAAGGAUCCUGCCUUCCCUCCACCUGGAUUCUAGGGUUCCGCGCCCCGGAGGAAGGCGCUCUCCCUGACUCCUGCCCCGCCGACCCCGACCGCCAGGGGGUGCCCCAGGGGCGGAGUGCCGCGGAGACCAGGCAAAGGGGACCAUGCGGCGCCUGACACGCCGCUUGGCGCUGCCGAUCGUCGGCGUGCUCUGGAUCACCGUGCUGCUGUUCUUCUGGGUAACCAAGAAGAAGUUAGAUGUGCCGCCGGGACCUGAAGUGCAGACUCCCAAGAUCUCAGAAGCUGACUGGGAUGACGUGUGGGACCGGUUUGAUGAGCGGCCAUAUCUAAAUGCCAAGAAGUGGCGCGUUGGUGAUGAUCCCUAUAAGCUGUAUGCUUUCAACCAGCGGGAAAGCGAGCGGAUCGCCAGCAAUCGGGCUGUCCCAGACACUCGCCACUCAAGAUGCACCCUGCUGGUGUACUGCAAGGACCUGCCCCCCACCAGCAUCAUCAUCACCUUCCACAACGAGGCCCGCUCCACGCUGCUCAGGACCAUCCGCAGUGUAUUAAACCGCACCCCUUUGAAUCUGAUCCAGGAAAUCAUCUUAGUGGAUGACUUCAGCAACGACCCUGAUGACUGCAAACAGCUCAUCAGGUUGCCCAAGGUGAAAUGCUUACGCAAUAACCAACGGCAAGGGCUGGUCCGGUCCCGGAUCCGGGGUGCUGAUGUUGCCCAGGGCUCCACUCUGACGUUCCUUGACAGCCACUGUGAGGUGAACAGGGACUGGCUCCAGCCCCUGCUGCACAGAGUCAAAGAGGAUUACACUCGGGUGGUGUGCCCUGUGAUUGACAUCAUCAACCUGGACAAUUUCAACUACAUCGAGUCGGCCACAGAGCUCAGAGGGGGGUUUGACUGGAGCCUCCACUUCCAGUGGGAGCAGCUCUCUGCAGAGCAGAAGGCUCGGCGCCUGGACCCCACUGAGCCCAUCAGGACUCCGAUCAUAGCUGGAGGGCUCUUCGUGAUGGACAAAUCCUGGUUCAAUUACCUGGGGAAAUAUGAUAUGGACAUGGACAUCUGGGGUGGGGAGAACUUUGAAAUCUCCUUCAGAGUGUGGAUGUGUGGGGGCAGCCUAGAGAUUGUCCCCUGCAGCCGAGUGGGCCAUGUCUUCCGGAAGAAGCACCCAUAUGUUUUCCCGGAUGGAAAUGCCAACACAUACAUAAAGAACACCAAGCGGACAGCUGAAGUGUGGAUGGAUGAAUACAAGCAAUACUAUUAUGCUGCCCGGCCGUUCGCCCUGGAGAGGCCCUUUGGAAACAUCGAGAGCAGGUUGGACUUGCGGAGGAACCUCCAGUGCCAGAGUUUCAGGUGGUACCUGGAGAACGUCUAUCCUGAACUCAGAGUCCCCAAGGACUCCUCCAUCCAGAAGGGCAAUAUCCGACAGAGGCAGAAGUGCCUAGAGUCUCAAAAGCAGAAAAACCAAGAGAUCUCCAAGGUCAAGUUAAGUCCUUGUAUCAAGAUCAAAGGCGAGGAUAUAAAGUCCCAGGUAUGGGCCUUCACAUACACCCAGCAGAUCCUCCAAGAGGAGCUGUGCCUGUCAGUCAUCACCUUGUUCCCUGGUGCCCCAGUGGUUCUUGUCCUUUGCAAGAAUGGAGAUGACAAACAGCAAUGGACCAAGACUGGUUCCCGCAUCGAGCACAUCGCAUCUCACCUCUGCCUGGACACGGACAUGUUUGGUGAUGGCACUGAGAAUGGCAGGGAAAUCGUUGUCAACCCAUGUGAGUCCUCGCUUAUGAGCCAGCACUGGGACAUGGUGAGCUCUUGAGGAUCUGUUCCAGAACCAAGAGGGACCAUGGAGGGCAUUCCCCCCAUGAGAAGCAGACUGGAAAUCAGGCUGCAAGCGGACCACAACUACUGCAGAUGCUCUGACCUGGGAGACGGAUGCAGAGUCCCCCAGGAGAGGAGCACUUGUCUCAGGGAGGAUGGUGGAAAAUAUUGCAAGCCAAGUGGGGCUCAAAGACAAAUCCCAUGUGUUCUCAGUGCCGUUAAGUUCCAGUCCUGGCCUGAUCUGCCCCUAAUAGGUAUCUGGACACAGAUAUAGAAUGGGAAGUGUUUAUGUUGUUCCCUUUCUUACAAAAGAGGCCAGAAAGAAAAGCCUUCCUUGUCACUAGGCUAGAACUAAACUGAGAGAUGAAGAAAGGAGGUUGUUUUCAAAACAAAUAAAGGAACCUUAGAAGUUUUCUCUAUGUAUCUCUUACUUUAUUUCUACUGAUGUUAGC